AACGUGUUGUCGUUAAAGAUGCCGUACGAAACACAGUGCACUGACUACGAAGAAAUGACCAGACAAUUCAACUAUACAAAGGACGUCAUCCAACAAGAGGAAUGCAGUGAAAAGUGCCUGGCAGACCAGUGGAAGAACAAGUGCGACUGUUACCCCAAGCUCUACUCUAUGAAGCACGUUCUGAAGGGCAACCUAUGCGAAUACCUGGCUCACUUGAAGUGCAACGACUACAUGAAGACAAUGAACUGGCUACCUUUCUGCCAGAACCAAUGUACCAGGCCAUGCAGGGAGGUGCGUUACAAGUCCUACAGCUUCCAGACAGGGAGUCUGAAGAAUUACAUUCAAUAUGAGAACAAGGAAAUAGAAGUCACCGUCGUCCUUGGUACCACGAAGCGCCGGAUUGUGCAGACCCUUCCCCGAAUGCUUGGAUCGGACCUCAUUACAUACUUUUCUGGCCACGUCAGCAUGUGGCUGGGCGUUUCCCUGCUUCAGCUUGCUGACAUUCUCAGCAAAGUCUACAAGAAGUUCUGUUCGCUGAGAGAAUCUGCGGCCUCGAUGCCGUUUUAAAGGACAACACGGGAGAACUGUUGAGUGGGAACGAAGUUUGGGAGUGAAUGACAUCGUUUGUUCGCAUAUCUUGUUUCAAAAAAGUUGAAGAUUCACUUUAACUUUAUUAGUUCACAUAACACCUACUUGACAAAGCAAAGUAAAUGCCUGCAAGAAGCAGAAAUCUCGUUAAUAUAAUGCGUUAACAUAUCCCACCCUCUGUAACUACUGCUGCUUUCAAUAACAUGAUGAGGUCCACACAUAUGCCUGACCUA